UCAGACCCUCCUCUUCUGCUGAAAGUACCUGAGAAAAGAUCAAACUCAGGGACGCUUCGGAUCUGUUUCUGAAUGCUCCAACAACAUUGUCAGUAAAAUGGCUAGCAAGCAGCAACUUCAGCAAGAUGAGCAGCAUGGAGUUGAGCUGGACUGUAAUCGGUUUUCCUGCUCGGUGUGUUUGGAGCUUCUGAACGAACCCGUCACCAUUUAUUGCGGACACAGUUACUGCAAAAGCUGUAUUGAGCAUUGCUGGGAUCGUGAGGAUGAGAAGGGUGAAUACAGCUGCCCCCAGUGCAGGGAGACCUUCAGCCCCCGGCCUGUCCUGAGGAGGAACAACAUGCUGACUGAGGUUGUGAAUAAGCUAAAGAGCACGGAGUCGAUGCGCCCUCCUCUGGUCUGUGCCAGCACUGCAGAUGUUGCCUGUGACCUUUGCUGUGGGACGACAGUGAACAAAGCCACUGUGUCAUGUUUGACCUGCUUGGCAUCUUACUGUCCCACUCACCUCGAGCCUCACAACAGGGUGGCUGUGUUGAAGAAGCACGAGCUGGUCGCAGCCACAGUGCCGAUACAGGAAAAAAUGUGCGCUAAGCACGACAGAUUAAAGGAGCUGUACUGUGAGGAAGACGAGCAGCUCGUGUGCUCUAUGUGCACAGUGGAUGAGCACAAGGGCCACAGAUGUAUUUCUGCAUCUGCACUCAAGGAUAAGGCAAAGAAUCAGCUGGCUUUAAAUCAGAGGAAACUCCAGGAGAAAGUCCAGCAGAAAGAGAAGGAGCUGAAAGAACUGAGCCAAGCUGAGGAGAGCCUCAAGAGCUGUACUCAGAUUUCACUCAGCGACUGUGACGAGACCUUCUCUGAGCUCAUCUCGUCUAUGCAAAGAAAACAUAGCGAGGUGAAGCAGUUGAUUAAAGCCCAGGAGAGGACUGCCACCGCCCAGGUGGAGAAGCGCCAGUUGCAGCUGGAGGAGGAGAUUACCGAGCUGAAGACAAGACACGCUGAACUUGGACAGGCUUCGGAUGCUGCUGACGUCAUGUAUCUGAUGCAGUCUCUCUCCACUUCCUGGGAUUCUCAGGAGCGUUCUCCUCAGGCUGCUCCUCAGCGCUCCUUUAAAGAUGUAACCGACUGCGUGUCUGAUCUCAAAGUUAAACUGGAGUUGUUGCUGGAAGAAACGUGGUCCAGGAUCUCAGCCACAGUCUCAUAUGUUGACUUCUCAUUGCCGCCGGCACCCAACAGCAGAGAAGAGUUUUUACGUUAUGUCCAUCCCCUCACACUGGAUGAGACUUCAAACUACCCUCAUCUCUGCCUGAUAAGUGAGAACCGCAGGAUGAGGCCUUCACCCAGCAAGGCUGCAGCUCAUCCGGACAGGUUCACUAAGUUUCCCCAGGUGCUGUGCAGAGAGGGUUUGUCAGACCGGUGUUACUGGGAGGUAGAGGGACACGCUCGCACCCUGUCUGUAGCAGUGGCUUAUAAAGACAUCAGCCGCACAUCAGAUGAGUCACGCUUUGGCAAAAAUGACAAGUCCUGGAGUUUAGAGUGCACAACAGAUGGCUGUUUAUUCUGUCACAAUGAUGUAGAAAUCAAAUUGCCAGGCUCUGGUCCCUACAAGAUUGGGGUCUUCCUGGAUUAUAAAGUGGGAACUCUGUGUUUUUAUCAUGCUUCUGACCCAAUGGUUCUAAUCCAUAAAGUCCAGACAGCAUUCACCCAACCGCUUCAUCCUGGGGUUGGGAUAAACUAUGAAUGGUAUGAUGUUGGGGUAUUUGCACAGCUGGUUAAGAUACAGUAAAUCCUUUCAAGUGAUUGAGAUGUUGUGAAAUAUCUUUAAAGAUCCCCAAAAACUAUACAUACGAAAUAAAAUACUGCUAAUUGUUAGCACAAUGCUCCCCUGAGAAAUCAUGAAACAUAUUCUAGAUGAGAAAGCAGAUCUUUUCUUUCUUUAUAAUAAUUCCUUUCAUAACUCUUCUGAGGCUUCAUAUUAGUCAGACUGGUACCAGUCUGUGUUUGCAGCCAGAUUUCACCACAUCUUGCAUGAAAUGAAUCCAUGCAUGUUAUUUUCCAGAGAAAAGAAAAACAUUCAUGUUGUGUUGGUAGUUUCUAAAGAUCCCAAAGUAUUGUCAUCACUGCAGAAAAGGGAAAAAAAACAAACAGGGGCAGCUUGCGAGUUGUUGCAGGUCCUAAAUCCUUACAGUGAAUCUGACUCACGUGGGAAUUUCAUCAGUGUUGCUCCCUUCGUAAAGCAGGGGAGUCAAUUUUAGUUUGCAGGCCUCAUAAAGCCCACGUAUUCCUUAUAAUUUGUAAAAAUUUCAUCACUUCU